AUGAGCGAAGAUCUUUUUCUGUACAAGGCGUUCUCGCAGUCUAUGCACCCUCUCAAAAUGGUCCCCUACUAUUACAGGGCUUCAGGGACCUUCGAACAGAACGAUAUUACCAUUACCACCCUCGUCACAUUCAAUCGAUUCAAGGUCUUUUCCGAGCUUGUGACAUACUACCAAGGUCCGAUUUCUGCAACCGUCCACGUCAAACCUAGUGCAACACACGCCCUUCUGGAUGCUUUGCAUGACCUGUAUGCGUCAACGCCCGCGAUGUCAACCUACGUCGACAUACACCUCGUUCUCACGCCCUUCGACCGUCAAUUGAAUACUUGGCGAAAUGCUGCACGUCUCUUUGCUCGUACUGAAUUCGUCAUGAUGCUCGACGUGGACUUUGCCAUUUGCACCGACUUCCGUUCUGCCAUCAGGGCUAGUUUAGAUGUUAAGAUUGGACAAAUUCUCAAGGAGGGACAUGCUGCUCUUGUGGUGCCAGCAUUCGAAUAUGUCAAACAGCAAGAUGGUUUGGACCAGAAAUAUUUCCCUCGCGAUAAACAGACAUUACUCUCGCUGGUCAAGGCGAAGAAGAUCGAUAUGUUCCACCGCACCUGGGUUCCUGGCCAUAACAGCACCGAUUAUCCGCGAUUCUAUUCCGCCGCCCCUGGUGAAGUUUACAAGGUUACGCAGUACCACCCCGCAUACGAGCCUUACGUGAUCUUCAGAAAGGAAGGGCCACCAUGGUGCGAUGAACGCUUCAUUGGAUAUGGAGGGAACAAGGCCGCUUGCCUCUACGAGAUGUACCUCUCCGGCAUGUCGUUUUAUGUCCUUGCGGAUCACUUCCUCGUGCACCAGAGUCACCCAUACGAGGAGGAAGCGCGAAAACUUGAGCGCAAGAGUAACCGUAAGAUAUACCAGGAUUUCAAGGAGGAAGUCUGCCUCCGGUUUGUUCUUGGGCUUAUCUCCGACGCUCACGGACGAUGA